AUGGCUUUCUUUAAAGAAGAAAAUAACGAAUUAUACCAUUAUACAGUUCAAACAGUGCGACGUGCACGAAAAGAACUCAAAAAGAAAUUUGUCAUGGUUUUCAUUAAUUUAAUUAAUUAUUAUGAAGAUAUUUAUAGGAAUGAUGAUAAAUAUGAAUGA